AUGUCUUUCAAACUAUUCACACACACACCUGCAACGCUUCUCCGCCUCGGUCUAGGCGUAGGCAUCGGGCUCUCUGCCGCAACCAUGCACCCUUUGUCACCCUUCCGCGCUCCUCCAAUGCGAUGUGACUAUGCAGAGCCACCCCCAGUGUAUGAAAAAUCCGUCUUCGAUAAGGACUCGGGGUGGACUGUGAACCCUGCGCACCCUUCCGAAUCCGUGGGGCAGCAGCAGGUUCGGAGCAAGCGGACUGGGAUGCUAAACGCCGAGACAAUGCGCCAGGUCAGUUUGGGAAGUGUGUUGGGGCUUGUCGCCGGCGUUGGGUUGCGGGCGUUUUCCAAGGCCUUGGUGGUAAUUUUGGGCAUGGGAGUGGUCUUUAUUGAGUACGCCGCAUCCAAGGGAUACAAUAUUCUUCCGAUCAACCGAAUUCAGAAAUAUGUUAAGCGGGUUGAUCUGCGUCGUGCUAUGAGUGAGCACCGGACGUUCAAGAUGAGUUUUGGUACUAUGAUGGCGAUGGCGGCGUUUGCGAACUUUUAG